AUGCCAAAACAAAAUCCAUAUUUAAUAAAAGAAAAUUACAAAAAAACAGAGACGGUUCAAGAAUUAAAAGACAAAUAUGAAGUUCCUAGUUAUGAGGAGUUUAUGAAGAGUUAUGAGCCAAAUGAAGAAGUCGAAGUUAUUACUGAAGCAGAAUACCAAGAUAGAGUAUUGCAUGGUUCCCAGUUUGGUCCGGGUAAUGAGCAGUCAACUACGGCUGCUAUAGUAGCAGGGGUAACGGUGACAGUGGUUGGAGGAGUAGUAACUGUAGCGACUGGUGGCGUGGGUGUUCCUGCUGUUGCGGCAUUGGGUGCUAGGGUUGCCCAAGAUGCUUUUCAGGUGUAUCAUGUGCGAAAUCAUUUAGAAGCUCAAUGCCUUGUUCUCGGUUUAGGUUUAGGGGCGGGGGCACUUGCUGCUCUGACAAAUGGCGAGCAAAGAAAUUAUUUACUUCAAAUAGGGUAUAGUGACAAGGGCUCUACUUAUUCCCUUUACGAGUUAAAACGCACUGCUAAAUAUCAUGAAAAGGAGUUGCUUACGGAACAGUCCAAGGUUUAUAUACAGCAAUGGAUAAAUGAUAAUGAUUAUUCCUCAGGCGAGGAAAGAGAUAGAAGGGAAAGGGUUACCAAUGGAAAGUCAGGGGAUGACAAAAGGUUUUACAGAUGGGAUAAUACUCAUAAUGACAUUGAAGUUUAUGAUAGGAGAGGUAGGCAUUUAGGUUCAAUGGAUCCGAGAACAGGAAAAAUGUAUAAAGCAGAGAGAGAUACUUGCAUUGGGUAUAGUAGUUCGUUUCGUGAAUUUUAUUUGGAAAGACCCGGAAUAGAAACCAGUAAUUUGCGGAUGAUAAAGUCUGAAAAAGAAAUUAAAAGAAUGCGUCGGGUAGCUCAAAUUACUGACCAAGUCUAUCAAAAACUUUUAAAAACUGUCCAAGUAGGAAUGAAAGAAAAGGAUUUGGCUAAACUAAUCCGUAAUUUUUUUGAGGAGUUCGGAGCCGAUGGACUUGCUUUUGACACCAUUGUAGUUUCUGGAAAAAAUGGCGCUUUGCCUCAUGGUCAACCGAGCGAUAAAAUUAUCAAAGAAGGCGAAUUAAUUACGGUGGACUUUGGUGGUAAAUAUCAAGGCUAUUGCUCAGAUUUUACUCGAACUUUUGCGGUAGGAAAAGAAAUUAACCCUAAACUAAAAGAGAUUUAUCAGAUA